CAUCGGAUCUCCAUUUUCCCCUCCUCUGAGAGAGGGGUCAUACUGGUGGACGGUAUCAGGAUGGAGCUUCCUGUCCGUCUGGAGGGAGGCAGCAUCUCCAUAACAGCGUCUGGAAUCAGAGGCACGCUCCUAUGUGAUUUUGGCGUGGAGGUCACGUUUGAUUGGUCCACACUCCUCAUGGUGUCCAUCAGCAGCAGUUACUUUGGUAAUGUGGCCGGGCUCUGUGGAAACUACAACGGUGACCCGGAGGACGAGCUGAUGCAGGCGGGGGGGCGGCCGGCUGCCAAUUUGACGGACUGGGCCUCCACUUGGAGCCUGGAGGACAACGACCCCUUCUGCUACCACUUCUGUGAGGACGUGUGUCCGCAGUGCUCAGACCAGGACCGCGUCAAGUACACAGGCCCAGACUACUGCGGGAUAAUAAGCGACAAGAAGGGCCCCUUCGCUGGUUGUCAUGGCAGCCUGUCGGUAGCAGAGAAUGUGGCAGAUUGUCUGUACGAUGUGUGCACCAAUGAAGGGCGACAGGAAGUGCUGUGUGAGGCCCUGAGCACCUACCUGGCCGAGUGCCAGGAAGCUGGAGCAUCUGUGUUGCCAUGGAGACAACUGGCCAAAUGUUGUGAGUAA